AUGGCAGCAACUCCCAAAAUCACGCUUUACUUUGACACGGUCAGCCCGUUUGCAUACAUUGCUUUUUACAUUUUGCAAAAUGAUGGGGUGUUCCAAAAUUGCAACAUCACUUACGUGCCCAUUUUCCUUGGCGGUUUAAUGAAGAAGUGUGGCAAUACGGCUCCAAUCAACAUUACCAAUAAAAAUAACUGGAUUGAUCGCGAACGAUUGCUGUGGGCUAAAACGUUCAAUGUCCCGAUGAAAAUCUUGCUGCCACAAGGCUUUCCCCCAAUGACGCUGAACAUUAUGAGAUGCUUGGCUGCGCUGGAUGUCGCCGAUGGUAGGAGCGACCAGAGCCGGUUGAUCAGAACCGUAGAUGCUCUCUACCACGACUUCUGGGUAGAUCAUUCAGAGACCAACGACACAAGACUACUGCAGUUGCUUUUGAAUCGUAUACUUGGCAGCGAGGAAGCAACUAAAAUUACUGCCGCGGCAACCAAAGACGGCAAAACGAGCCUUCUUCACAAUACGGAUGAAGCCUUUGCCGCCGGCGCGUUUGGACUUCCGUGGAUGGUUUGCACAAAUGGUAAUGGCGAGACGGAGUCAUUUUGGGGGGUAGACCAUAUAGGUCAGGUUGCUAGUUUCCUUGGCCUCCAGCGACCUGGGACAGGCGGGUGGAAGGCAGUCCUUUGA